GGGCGGGGCCGUCGGCUGACCGUGCGGCGCCGGUCAGCCGCCGUUGUCGCCGUCGUCGCGCCUGCGCUGGCCUCCAUCGAUCGCGACGCUCCGGCGCGGCCCGAGUCGGCAUCGAACCAGGAGUUGGUGGAGCGCCCGCCGGCCAGGUGCCCGUCCGUCGAAUCGAUGUGUCGCCUGACGGCGCGGCGUGCGGCGACUGGACGGGCCGACGGCGGCUGUCAGUGGUGACUGGGUGUGGACCGGCGGCCGGCGGUGGCUCGGUGACCAGUGACAGCAGUGUGAGACCGUGCUGAGGGUGGCGCAGUGACCGGUCGACUCUGAGGGUCAGUGAGGCGGUGUCGAGUGGCGUGGGAAGCGGUCCGCACAGCGCCACGUCUCCGAGAAGCCGGACCAUGACGGAGCCGCGUGCAGAGAGGAUCCGCAGUCGGGACGGCCACGCGUCCGAGUUCUUCCAGUAUGUGGGCCCGUACCGGCUGGAGAAGACGCUUGGGAAGGGUCAGACUGGUCUGGUGAAGCUCGGCGUACACUGUAUGACAGGACGUAAGGUGGCUGUGAAAAUAGUCAACAAGGAGAAACUCAGCGAGUCGGUACUUCAGAAGGUGGAAAGAGAAAUCGCCAUUAUGAAGCUGAUCGAUCAUCCUCAUGUGUUAGGAUUAUAUGAUGUGUAUGAUAACAAGAAAUAUCUAUAUUUAGUGUUGGAACAUGUGUCCGGAGGUGAACUGUUUGACUAUCUCGUGAAGAAGGGCAGGCUGACGCCCAAGGAGGCGAGGCGAUUCUUCCGGCAGAUUAUCUCCGCUCUGGAUUUCUGCCACAGCCACUCAAUAUGCCACCGAGACCUAAAGCCGGAAAACCUGCUUCUUGAUGAGAAGAACAACAUUCGGGUGGCCGAUUUCGGCAUGGCCUCGCUGCAGCCGGACGGUCAUACGCUGGAGACGAGCUGCGGGAGCCCGCACUACGCCUGUCCAGAGGUGAUCCGGGGUGAAAAGUACGACGGCCGGCGGGCGGACGUGUGGUCGUGCGGCGUCAUCCUCUACGCGCUGCUGGUCGGAGCGCUGCCCUUUGACGACGACAACCUGCGGCAAUUGCUGGAGAAGGUGAAGCGCGGCACGUUCCACAUCCCGCACUUUGUGCCGCCCGACUGUCAGAACCUGCUGCGGGGGAUGAUCGACGUCAACCCCGAGACCCGGCUGAAGCUGCGGGAGAUCAACCGGCACCCGUGGGUGAUAGCCGGCUCCAAGGGCGAGCUGGAGCUCGAGCCGCCGAUGAUGGAGGUGGUGCAGACGCACGUGAUCCCCGGCUCGGAGCGGCUGGACACGGACGUACUGCGAGCCAUGUCACACUUGGGCUGCUUCAAAGACAAGGAGGUGCUCGUCCAGAAGCUGCUCAGCCCCACCCACAACACCGAAAAGGUCAUCUACUUCCUGUUGCUGGAGCGGAAACGGCGCAAGCCAGCCUAUGAGGAUGACGCAGAGGCCCUGAUGAGAGCCAGGUCUGAGUCGGCCGAUCCGCCGCGGAAGAGAGUCGACUCGUACAAACUGAACGGCUCCACGCACCAGUAUGAACAGCUGAGCGAGGGUUCGCCCGUCAUACCUCGAAGACACUUCCACCAACGGCGGCGGCCCAGCAGCUCUUCCGGCCUCAGUCCGCUGUCGUCAUCGACGGUGACGCCGACCGUGUCGCCGCUGCCGUCGCCCAAGCUGCUGACGCGCCCGUCGCCGGGGCCGGCCUCGGACGACCUGGCCACGCCGCCGGCCUCGCCGUACGGCGCGCCCGCCUACUGGCGCUCGCGACUCAACACCAUCAAGAACUCGCUGAUGGGAUCUCCGCGCUUCCACCGCCGCAAACUGCAAGUACCGUCCGACGAGACGCGUCUGACGCCCGAGUCGUCCCCGGAGCUGACCAAACGCUCGUGGUUCGGCACGCUGAUGGGCUCGGAGCGCGACGAGAGCUACACAGUCAUCAUGCGCAACAAGCCGCUGGCCAUCGUCAAGGCCGACCUCAUCCACUCGUUCCUCUCGAUCGCCGAUCUUAGCCACAGCGUGACGUCUCCGAUGUCGUUUCGAGUCGAGUACCGGCGCGGCGCGGCCGGACCGGCCGUCUUCCAGCGCCAGGUGCGGUUCCAGGUGGACAUCACGCCCGUCACACAGGGUGACGACGAGUGCCUCUACGCCAUCAACUUCUCACUCGUCUCCGGUAACAUCCGCCGGUUCCGCCGGAUCUGCGAGCACAUCCACUGUCAGGUGUGCUCCCGCCGACCUCCGCCGUCACCCAGGGUGGGCCGGAAGUUCACGGCCGACUUGUCGGAGAGCUCCUCGGCCGGCUCCGACUCGUCAGAGCGGCUGCAGACGGUCGUACCGCCCCGACAGGUGGACGCGGAGUCUGAGGUAGACAACAUCCUCGACAUGAAAACUCCGACCAACGAGACGGCCGACCCGCCGCUCAUUUCGGAGCAGGAGCCGCCGGCGGCCCCAGAGCCACCCCGCUCCGACAGCGGCUCGCCAGCAGCCAGCGACGACUCGGCCACAGCCACUGCAACAGUGACACCUAGCGACUCGGAACCGAACUCGAGCUGCGCCGUGUCGGCGCUAUGAUCUCCGCGGCGCUAGUGUGCCGCCGCCAGUGAGGGGGACAAGGGUCUGAGGGGUGAACAGAGGCCGGCUGUUGUCGAAAUGACCGGCCAGGGACCGUGCAAUGAGUGAGGGCGGAGCGGCGCAGGGCGGCCGGUCUGACCUGACCUGACCCGACCCGCUGGUGGCCCGGGCGGUGGGUCUCGCCGGCCGGCCGUCGAGCCGCCUCCCGCCCCUGGAGAUCGCGACAUUCCCAGUGUAGUUGGCGCCAAACAGUGUUGCCGGGUAUAUAGGUAAAUCUCUAUAUAUUCGGGGUCGGCUGGUAGCCCGGCGGUGGCGCGGCCGCCCGGCAGCGACCGCUGUCUCUGUGUCCGUCUUGUUGCUUGUGUAUGCGGAGUGUGUUGUCGGUGGAGCCAGUCCAGUAUUCUGCUAGCGACCCGCUGUCUGCCGGCCGCGGUGGCCGUCCGUCCGAAACCAGCGCGCCGCGCUCGUCGACGCAGGGUCCGCCCGUCCCAUCGGGCGCAUUCAGUAUUCCGGCUGGGGUCCGCACGGCCCGCCGAAAUCCGGUCGUGCUUCACCAUUGCCGUAAUUCUGCUGUGUAUGUGCUGCUGUGUCCCUGGAUUAGAUCUCAUAAACAUCAACAUCAAAACAUCGAUCUUUGUUGGCGUGUUCGACUGUUUGCUGCUUUAUCUUUGUUUACAUUUUUAUUUGAUGGCUCUAUCUUCUGAACUCCACUGUAACUGUUGUCAACAGCUUUUACUUUAUAGACGAAUGAUCCAUGCUCUCGUCUUGCAUUCAUCUAUAUCUCGUACCUUUCUAAAGCUGAGAUAGACGUCUUCUCUAGUCACUAAGCCCGUUUUCACGUCCCUUCGAUUUUCCUCAAAGAAGCUGCUCUCUUCUUUGUGUCGUCAAUCGUUACAGAAGGGCCUGAAUUUCAAGGUCUGAGAUAAAACAGAGCACAUUAUUUUCAUCGGGUGAUUGCGGUCGUUGGCUGGAUGCGUAAUGCGUAAUCUUGAGAAAGGAGUACGGCGGGAAGGGUCCGAAAGACAGAAAAAAGUUUAGCUCCAGCCGAGGCGGCCAAACGUUGCUCGAUCUUACCUGCCAGUCUGGCGUCUGCUUCAGUAUUACUGAUCUACCAUCAUCUUGGGAUUGACCGAUAUGCUUGAGACGCGUGUCUUGUGAUAAUCUUUUCUGUCUCGAUGUGGUUCAAUGUCCUUUUCUGUACUGUACCGUACACUGUUUCUAUAUACUCAUCUUUCAGAGAUUGUAGCUUUCCGAGCUAGAGUGGUGACUGGCGAACAUGUGCAAACUGCUGCGCUGGAGAAAACAGAACAGGUAGUCAUGACAACUCGCCUUCAAACGCAGCUAAUCUCUUGAACGUGACGUCCAGACUCCCUAGCUGUCCGACGCUCUCUCUGAUUAUGUCCUCUCUCUAAGAACUCUUCACAACCGUUUGACCAACUCUGUCAACUCCCGGGCGCUGUCAAGCGCGUCUUUAUCAAUUCGUUGACGCAAUCUCACGCUCCGCGCAAGCUGCUUUCCCUCUGGGCUCUGACCUGGCCAACCUAUCGCCUCUCAACAGCUCAUGAAUUCAGAAAAAAAGCCAACGCCCAACUGUCCUCAAUUUUGCUCUUGUAGUUUUGCUCCAGCGUCAUCAUCUUUUUUUGCUCAAUCCUCUGAGCUCAAUUGGAGCAUAAAAAUAACUUUUUUCUUGGUUAUUCCGUGGCCGGGAAAGUCUGAUACUAUACCAAAACAUUGCGAUGACUUCCAAAUAACACGAUCAAAAAUAAUACUCGUUUUGUUAUUUGUUUUGUCCUGAUACAUGUGUACCCACACUGUCAACAUGUUGAACUGUUGUCUGCUGCUCAUCUGUUAUGUUGUGUUACUGAGCCGAACAGUUUGAUUAUCCCAGCGCCAUGAGAUCUCAACAGUGCAUGAAUCCGUUUCUGAUUUGUUGUUUCGGGCGAGCGAUUCGUUCGCCCUUGUGUGCGACCGUGUACUAUUUUGUAAGUGAUGCGGCGUUGGCGGAGACCGGAUCGAGGUGGAAAUAGACAACUGCAGCAGAA